GUCUCUUGCGGAGCCGGCUUGGGGAGGCCUGGGUCUGCACUUGUGAAAGCGACGCCAGUCAAGUCUUCAGCUACUUCUUUCCGCUCUUCGCCUCCGCCAGCUCCCUGUAAUCCCGCCAACAUGUCUCAGGCUGAGUUUGACAAAGCUGCUGAGGAGGUUAAGCACCUCAAGACCAAGCCAGCAGAUGAUGAGAUGCUGUUCAUCUACAGCCACUACAAACAAGCAACUGUGGGUGACAUAAAUACAGAACGGCCUGGGAUGUUGGACUUCAAAGGCAAGGCCAAGUGGGAUGCCUGGAAUGAGCUGAAAGGGACUUCCAAGGAAGACGCCAUUAAAGCGUACAUCGACAAAGUAGCGGAGCUGAAGAAGAAGUAUGGGAUCUAGGUGUGGCUGCCAGCCAUGCGUUUUGUCUAAACUGAUGCAUCCCUUGUUUUUGUAAUGCUGCCAGUGGAGUGAAAUAACGGAUCAGCCCUCUUCCUGAACACUGUCCAGGCCAUGUCUCUAACAGAUUAAGGAGUUGAAAUGGUCACCUUGCUGAGUAGUUUUUGUCUCUAGGUCAAUUAAAACUGCAUUUAUUAUUUUAA